CCAGUGCUGUUGUGGAUCAAGCGGGCGGUCAUGUAAAGGCGCUUACAGUACACAUACACACACACAACACACGUACACAUGAUUGCUUUGACGUGUUUGUAUAAACAGAUAAACAGCCAACGGUCACUUAUCGAUAAAUACCGACUGAGAGACACACGGUGAUGGUUCUGGACGGGUUCGGUUACGGGAAGAGUCUUAGCGCGGCCGCUGCUCAGGGGAAUGUGACGGCGGUUCGGCGGAUUUUACAGGAUCACCGGGUCGAACCAGACACGCUCAACGAGUUUGGGAAAACCGCCCUACAGGUGAUGAUGAUGGGUUGCACCAGUGUGGCACGCGCGUUACUGGAACACGGCGCUGAUCCAAACGUCCAGGACCGCUGCGGAGUGACGCCCGCGCACGAUGCCGCCCGCACGGGUUUCUUGGAGACGCUCCGAGCUCUGGUGGACCACGGGGCCUCCGUCAACAUCCCUGACCACAGCGGAGCCAUACCCAUUCACAUCGCCAUCCGUGAAAACCACUGGGAUGUAGUGGAGUACCUGGGUCCCCUGUCAAACCUGGAGCACCGGGACAGCACAGGGGCCAAUGCACUGGAUGUGGCACGGGCCGCGUGCGCUUCAGAGAUGGUGGAGUUUUUACAGCGUCAAACAAGUUUGAGUUAAAUUGACUUUACGGUUCAAUUCGUGCCGUGGGGAGCCCUCGGUGCACAAUCAUAGUUUGGGAUUUAGUUUUAAUGUGUUAUAUGUUAAAAUCUGUUAAAUAGUUUGAUCGCUUAAUCCUAACAUUAGCUGGAAUGUGUAGCACCAGUUUGCACAGAGCAAAUCCUUGCUGCUCUUGUACAGUUUAGUUGACCUUUGCCUGGCACAAAUGUAAAUAGCUCUUCUUUAGUAUUUUAAGCCAUUUCUGUGCAGAAUCUUUAACUGUAAACAUUUUAAUAUUCAUGAAAUUAUUUCCUGCCACCCUUUGAGCGACAUGCACUGAUAAACCUGUUAAAUAUUCGCUUUGUGUGUACAGUAUGUGUGUUAGGAGUAAUGAUGUGUGCGUGGUUUGUUUGUUUUUCAUUAUUAACAUGUGUAAAUAACAUUUGAUGAAAUUAUUUGGCUUAUUUAUUUCUGUAUAUAAAUGUAAAUGUUUAUUGUGGGAUUUUAUAUUGUAUUUAUUAUGGUGUUUCAUGAACUGAAAAUAUGUUUGUCUGAAUUGUUAGUUGUCUUACCUAGUAAGAUGACAUCAUGUUCCCAGCAGAUGGCUCUCACCAAGAAUGUGAGAAAAAUAAACAUAACUUUGUGAAA